GUCGCCAUCGCGCAUCUCUUUACCUCGCCGAAUCGCUGAUCGCGUGCGACACGAAGCUGGUGGACCCUGCCCUUUUCUUAUUCCUCUGACAAGCACAAGCAAUGAGGUAGCUAUUUAUCGGAUCAAAGAUGCCCCAUUAGCUUCUCAGAUAUAAAAUCUAUAAAGGCCGUCCUCGCCUUCUCACUGCUUUUCAAAGAAAAUCUAUAUCCGUGUGCCGAGGUAAACCUCUACGGGAUUUCCGUCACCUUCAAAGAUUGAAAUUUUGUUUGCCCAAUCUUUUGCUGAGGAAUAGCUGCAUCUGCUACCUGGACUGUAAGCAGAUGAAAAUGAACCCGGCACGUGGCAAACGGGCUUCCGGGAGAGGAAAAGGAAAAGGAAAAGCAAGGGUCGAUAUUGCACCUCCAGAGCUCGAUAUUGAUAUUCUUGCUGCUGGCCCAUUUGGGGGACCACCCGAGCCCGGAAAAGGAGACCUACAAGUGAUUGUCUUGGGUCCAACAGGAGGCCCGCGUGAGGAUCGAGUUACUGGGCUUCUAGUCCGGUCCACAUCAUCCCGAUGGAGACCAGAUUCGGUGAUUUCGGUCGAUGCAGGGACCCUUCUUGCUGGAAUUAUUCAUAUUCUAGAAACACACAAUGAUAUGGAUGAGAUGGUCGUCCAAACUGGCCCGUUUACCGAUAUGCCUUUACCCUUCCAGACCGCUCCAGCGAAUGCAGCACACAUCCUGCGAGAAAUGAUUGGACCCAUCUUGGUCACGCAUCCUCACCUAGACCAUUUCUCAGGAUUUGCCAUAAACUCGCCAAUUCUGGAGGCAACGAACGGCCCAAAGACAGUGGCUGCACUGCCGUCUGUGAUAUCCGCUAUCAAAACACAUAUCUUUAACGAGGUGAUCUGGCCAAAUCUCUCGGAUGAAGACGGCGGUGCAGGUCUGAUCACCUACCAGCGCUUGCAUGAGGGUGGUAACCCGAGGAUGGGCCGAGAAGAAACGAGGGGCUAUACCCGAGCUUGCGAGGGCUUGUACUAUAGAUGUUUUGGUGUCAGUCAUGGGUGCACCAGGAGACACUACGCCCCCGAGGCUGAGAUGCAGCGUUCAAUAAGCGGUGCAAUGUACAUGGGUGACCCGUUCAUGAUGCGUUCGGCUUCGAGAGCCGCCAUAUCCUUGACCCAGGAGGAGCCAGGGUACAUGUCUCCGGCCAGUCGUAGACCGUCGAAUCCGCGAGAGAGCUGGAUGAGCGUUGAGAGCUCUGCUUUUUUUAUACGCGAACAGCACUCGGGCCGCGAAAUUAUCAUCUUCGGUGAUGUUGAACCCGAUUCGAUCUCAGUCGACCCUCGCAACAGACGUGUCUGGGAGGCUGCAGCUCCUCGUAUAGCUUCUGGAAAACUGCGCGCGAUCUUCAUCGAGUGCUCCUAUACUGAUGAGGUCGAGGAUGAGUCCCUCUACGGCCACCUUUGCCCCCGACAUCUAAUCGCGGAGCUUAAAGUGCUGGCUAGCGAAGUUGUCAAAGCGAAACAUCCUAGCAGCUUAGUGAUUGGGAAACGUAAGCGCCCCAGCGGGGAACCCCCUGCAGAAUCACAGCCAACGAGCCCCAAGACCAGGCGGUCGCAGGAUGUGGUUCCUGGAGCUUCUACGACGGCCCUUACCAGCGCUCCGGCGCCAGUGACCGGCAGUACCAUUUAUCCUACUGGUCUUGGCGCUACAGAAGUCCUGACUGAGGAGCCCAGCUGGCCACAUGAUGAUGCACCUUUAACCCACCUGAAAGUUUAUCUCAUCCACAUUAAAGAAGACAUGGAUGGUGGCCCGUGUCCUAGCGUUACGAUUUUGGAACAACUUCGAAAUCAAGCACAGGCUGCCAAUCUAGGAUGCCAAUUCCACGCACCCAAGCGCGGCGAGAGCAUCCGAGUCUGAGACUCUCAGACUCACAAAGUCGCUGUGAGAACCUCUUGGGGGCUCGUUAAUAUUCUACUUGUCCCAAGCACUCUGCAUGAACUAUGCUCAUACGG